AUGUUGGAAAGCUUUGUGAGCUCUUUGAUGGGCGUGGCGGUUGGUGUUUCCCUCCUUAUACUUCUCAUAGUCUGUGGAAUUGGGUGUGUUUGGCACUGGAAGCGCAGGGAAUCCACAGCACUUACCUUACCGAAGUUUAUGCAAAGGAGAAAUAACAGACAUAAGGACUUCGCAAAAACCCUUGACUUGAACCCCCACAUGGUUUGCCCAAACUCUAAAACUUCAGGGGAAAGCAAAGGCCACAAGUCUACCAUCAAGAGAAAUAGGACACAUGGCGAGUACGAAAAUGUGCAAGUGGGUCCCGCCAGCACGGAGGCAUCAACCGAGAAGGCGCUAUAUGAAAACACGCAGCCAUCUAAUCCCGAGGAACAUGUCUACGGGAAUCAAACAGACGCCCUCUAUUGUAAUUUCCAGAAGCCUAGUCCUCUUCCUCCUCCCCAAGAUGAUGACACAUACAUCCUUCCAGAUUCCUACUAG